AUGUCUCAACAACAAUUACCUGCUGUUCAAACCGUUGCACUUCUCAAUGCUCCAAAUCAAGAUUUGGUGAUUGAAACUCAAUUGAAAUUGCCACCAAUUGGGGAGAAUGAUGUUUUGGUUAGAAAUUUGUAUGCUGGUGUAAAUCCGUUGGAUGUUGCCUUUAGAAGAACUGGAAUGUAUAUUUCCUCAUAUCCUGCAAUUCUUGGAGUUGACUUUAGUGGAAUUGUUGCUGGUGUUGGAUCCAAAGUUACUCAAUUUAAAAUUGGUGAUUCAGUUAGUGGAUGCACUUUUGGUGAUUUCAGAGGAACUUAUGCUCAAUAUAUUGUUGCACCAGAAUCAAUGACCUUUCUCAAUCCAAGCAAGUUACCACACGAGUUGACUGCAUCUGUUGGUGUUACCUUCUUGACUGCUUAUCAAAUUCUUUUGAAAUAUUUACCAAAUGAUGUGGAAAAUGUUAAAGAACACAAAGGUUCUUUGAAAGGAAAGAAGAUUCUCUUGAUUGGUGGAAGUGGAGGUGUUGGUUUGUGUGCAAUUCUUCUUGCCAAGCACUAUUUCCAAGCUACUGAAAUUGUUUCCAUUUCCUCCAAUAGAAAUAUUGAAUUUCUUACCAAAUUAGGAGUUGACCGUGUUUUGGAUUAUAGCAAGGGAAAGGAUCAUUUAAUCAAUGAAUUAGAAACUUUGAAAGAUCACUUUGAUCUCGUUGCUGAUCUCAUUGGUGGCUAUCAUGAAUACUAUCAUGUUGAAAUUUUAAAGAAAGAUCAAGAAUCUCAAUUUGUUUCCAUCAUUCCACACAAUGCCAAGCAAAACAGUGGAAAAGUAUUUGGAUGUGAGAGAACAUUCACAUUGAUUGCGAGUGGUUCUAGAAUCCAAUAUGAGAAUAUCUUGAAUUUCCUUGCUGAGAAUGAAAAUGUCUGGAAACAAAUUCCACUUCAUGUUUUCAAAUUGGAAAAUGUAAUGCAAGCUCAUGAUUUGAGUGAGAGUAAGAGAACUGUUGGAAAGAUUAUUCUCGAAAUUCCUCAAACUUUGUAA